AUGGAUCAAUCUUCGUCAAAUCACCCUCAGUCGUCGAGGGGAGGCGGUGGAGGGACCGGUGUAUAUGAUAUAGCUCAUGGAGGUCACUAUGGUGCCAGUGCAGCACUCGCAAACUCUGGCUUCGCACCUGCUGAGCUCUAUACCGGGCCUUGGGCCAAUGUUCACCAGGGUCUACACGGCCAAUACAAGGAUAUUUUAACAACCUAUUGGCAAAAUACCAUCAACCACCUCGAGUCAGACCAACAUGACUACAAGCUCCAUCAACUACCCCUCGCUCGAAUCAAGAAGGUCAUGAAGGCUGAUCCCGAGGUUAAGAUGAUCUCUGCCGAAGCCCCCAUCCUAUUCGCGAAGGGGUGCGAUAUAUUCAUCACCGAGCUGACGAUGCGGGCGUGGAUUCAUGCCGAAGAGAAUAAGAGACGAACAUUGCAGCGAUCCGAUAUCGCCUCUGCUCUCGCUAAGAGCGACAUGUUCGACUUCUUAAUCGACAUCGUGCCGCGCGAAGAGGCGAGUCACGCUAAGCGCGCUAACCCCGCCCAAGCGCAGCAGUCUCAAGGUGGCGUGCCACCCGCAGCAGCCGGUAACCAAAUGCCGGGUUCACACGGGAUGCCCGGAGCCCCCAACCAUAUGGCACCGGGCGAUUACGGCAUGGGCAGCCAUGCCAUGGGCUCUGAUCAAGAAUACCGCGGCCCACCCAUGUAUAAUCAAGUCCAAGCCGGCCCCGGCGGUCCCUAUAGCCAACAACCACCCCAAGCCAUGUACGGGGAUAUGGAGGGGAUGUACGGCUACCCAGGCAUGCCCCAGCAGCCAUAG